CGUGACCUGCGUUGACCUACCCGGCAUCUAAAUGAUUAUGUAUUACUCCACACAGUAGUGAGCGGAACCAUCGCGCAAAUAUGUCAAAUUUGCUUUGUAGCAGUGGUGCUAGGCUGAGAACGAUUCCUAUAGCAACUCAGACAUGUUGCGGAAGAGGUAUAGGUAGCAAAUCUCUUCAUCUCGGACAGACGACAACAAGAAGAUCCAGGAAAAUAAGGUAUCAUCUCCAGUCAGACCUGACCCCAUGGGCUCCAUUGUCCGUCGCUCGACCAAUCAGCAGCAGCUUUCACAGCUUGUCUGACCGCUGGAAAGGCCACAGUGUUGGAACCUACCGCCAUACAACACCAACUCCAACUCUAGUUCUUGUAAACUUUACUCCUUAUGGAACUGUUCCUCAGUCUGUGUGGAUCAGAUACUUUCAUGGCGAUGUCCCACAGCAGGGAGGUAAAGCAGAGUCUAAAGUAGAACAGUCUGUCAAAGCUUUAAAAGAGAAAAAGAAACAGAAGUCUGGGGUGUCACUGUCAGAGCCUCCGUUUGUUACUUCUCCUACUGGGAAGGACUUGACUGUUCCACGGAAGUCACUAUGGGUGCGGUUUGUAGAGGAAGUGAAGCACUAUUACCACGGCUUCCGCCUGCUGUUCCUGGACUUCAAGGUGGCAGCACGGCUUUUCUUCAAGAUGUGGAAGGGAAUUUCCCUGACACGCAGGGAGUACAGACAGUUCACCCGUACAGUAGCAGACCUGGGACGGAUUGUACCAUUCUCCUUGUUCCUCAUCAUUCCCAUGGCAGAAAUCCUCCUCCCCUUCUACGUCAAGCUCUUCCCAGGCCUCAUGCCGUCCACGUUUGAAGACAAAAAGAUGAAGGAUGAGCGGUUGCGUAAGCAGCUGCGGACUCGCCUGGACACGGCCCGCUUCCUUCUGAAGACGAUGGAAGAGUUACCGGUGGAGACCAGGAGGAGGAGUUCAGGCAGGAAGUCUGUGGAGGACUUCAUACAGUUCAUGGACAGGCUGCGUCAGAGUGGUGAGCCUGCCCCUACUGAAGAGAUCCUAAAGUACUCCAAGCUGUUUGAGGAUGAGAUGACUCUGGACAACAUGGAGCAUCCGUCCCUGGUGGCGUUGUGUAAGCUGCUGCAGCUCCAGCCAAUCGGCACCAACAACUUCUUACGCUUCCAGCUCAGGAUGAGACUCAGGACAAUAAAGGCAGAUGACAAGAUGAUCCAGAGAGAUGGUAUCAACACACUCACAGCCAAUGAGCUGCAGGUUGCCUGUCGUGCUCGUGGCAUGAGAGCCCUGGGGAUGUCUGAAGACAGGAUGCGGUUCCAGCUGUCGCAGUGGCUGGACCUGCAUCUGAACGAGGAGGUUCCCACGUCGCUCCUGCUGCUGUCCCGUGUGCUGUACCUCCCCGACAACCUGCCAGCCACUGACCAGCUCCAGGCCACGCUGUCUGUCCUGCCUGAGUCCAUUGAAAAAACUGCUCGGUUGAAGAUCGCAGAAGCAGAAGGUGCUGUGGACAACAAGACGAAGCUGGACGUGAUCCGUGCUGAGGAGAAGGCCAUCCAGAAGGAGCUGGAGGAGCGUAAGGCAGAGGAGAUGGAGAGGCUGGAGCAGGAGAGGAAAAAGGCAGAGGCUGAAGCCCAGAAGGCCCAGGAAGCUGCUGAGAAAGAACAGUUGGUGGACAAUGCUCCCCCUGUUCAGACAGAAGAGCAAAUUGUAGCUGAGACUAUCGUGGACAAGGCUCCUGAAGUCAAGACAGAGAAGGAUGAAAAGGUCCUGGACACAGAUCUUGAGGAGAUAUCAGCUGCUGUGAAGAAGCUGGCAGCUGAGAAGGACACAUUGGUGACCACUUUGGAGAGAGAUGAGUUCAACGACCUAAAGGAAGAGUAUGAAGAAUUUCGACAGGAUGAGAAGAACCUGCACAAAGUGGCGUCCAGGACAGGAGAGCCCCUCAGCAUUCCCAAGUCCACCCGCCGGCUGAAGCGUGUUGUGAUGAGGAUGUUUGACCGCAUCGAGAACACUAUCAUGGAACUGGAGAACAGGAAAGAGCAGGUGGAGGUUCAAUUGGAGCUGGAUAAGGAGAAAGUCCAGCUGAUGGAAGGUGGAGAAAACACCCCCAUCCUGGACAGGAUCCAGACAGAAAAGUGCUGGGCCAUCCCUUCAUGUACCGCUAACCACAAGCACACCAGGGAGUGUCUGGUGACCUUAGAUGAACUGGUGGAAGUCUUGAAGAAGAUCAAGAACAUUGACACCAAGGACAUGGCAUCCGACCAGAAGUUGGAACACAUCGCCCAGAUGUUGGAUGAUGACCAUGAUGGACAGAUCCGCUUGAAUGAAGUGAAUAAGGCGAUACAGAUGAUCCUUGAGGAGGACGUUGACCUGACAGAGUCCCAGCUGAGGGAAGUGGUGAAGCUGCUCCAUGCUGAGGAGGAUCUUGAGGAGAAGGAGGACCAGGAGAGGGAGAGACUGGAGAAGGAGAAGGAGCUGUGGGAUCAGCAGCAGCCUCGUGAGGAACAGAAGCAGAACUAGACACAGGACUGGCUGGCUGGCUGACAGUCAGGCUGGUCUGGAAGUAGCUGUGGCUAACUUGCUCCUUCACUCGGAAGUAGAG